AUGGAUCAAUCAAUGACUCUCAUCGAUGCACAAGUGCACUUCCUGGAGGAAUGUGUUGUACUGGUACACAUCCCACUGGAGCUGUACCCGUACUUCUUGAAGUCUGUUCUAAGACUCAUUUUUGAUGAAACUCCACGACUGGAAGAAAAGACAGACGAUGAUGCUGCAAUUGAUGAUUUCGACAACGCUUCGGAGCUUGGCUCGGCGUACAAACCACCUGCAUUCAUGAACGUCUCCAUCACUCCAGUCGAAGUCUCUGUCAUGUGUCCGAGACGCCUGGUCGACAGACACUUCGUCCCGGUCAUGAACCAACUCGACCAGUUGGACGACUCACUCCGAUCCCGUCUGAUCGUGAGCGAGAAUGACUAUAUCGCCAUGCAAGUCCUCGGCCAAGGCCUUGAGGCCGGCAAACGAGUCUUGGAAUUGACCAGCCCACUUGCCCUGGCAGGCAUCUCCAUCUUCUUCAUCUCAACCUACUUCUCCGACUACAUCGUAGUGCCAAAGCAAAGCAAAGCAAGCGUGAUAUCCGCCCUGGAAAAAAGAGGUUUCCAAUUCAACAACACCUCAGCAGCCUUCAUCACCAACCCGCUCAGCCCAACCACCGAAAGAAGACUAAGCGACCUAAUCCCACCAGGAACACCACCACCCUCAACCCUAGGCGAGCUGCAAACCCGCACCUUCAACAACCUCCGCAAAAACCAAAUAACCCCAUCCGUAGACGACUCCCUCCGCCUAGUCCAGUGCGCCGCCCACCACGAAUACCACAGCCAAGAAUCCUCAAUGUCCAUCCUCCGCGAUGCCCUAACAACAGUCCUCCUUGUCGACGAGCCCCGCUUCCUCUCCCUAACCCUCGCAGCCCUCGACCCAGCCGCCUCCCUCCUGCUAGAGAAGCGUCUCCUGCCCCGCUUCGCCCGCCAAUCAACCUCCUCAACAGGAACACGUUCCUACGAAGACGGCUCCGGCCUCCUCCUCGGCUCAAAGGAAGACCAUCUAAUCCCAAUCACUCUCGACCUCCGCGACCUCCCCCUCGAAGCCUCCGGCAUCGUCUGCGGUGUCGCAGGCCGGCUCGCAGACGCAGCUACCGUCCCGCACGCACAGCCCGAUAGCGCUAUCGACAGUGGUGCUAGCAGUGUCGUCGGCUCAGUGCCGAAACUGUUUGAUUCUUUCGGUACUCGUCUCGCCGCGCUUUCUAUCGAUAAACCCCCGGCUCAUGGCUUGCAUCCCUUACCUCAGUCGAUGCAUCAUCUCCAGCCGGAUGUGGAUGUUGCUGAUGCCGUCGAGAUUAGUUUCUUGAGUACGGCGCGCGCGGGUACGAUUAUUGUUGGGGAGGAUGAGCUUAGGAGGGCUAUUGAUGCUCUUGAGGAGGAGAAGAGACAGUCGCCUAGCCUUGAGGGUAUUCGGUUGGAAUCGCAGACGCCGCCGGAUAGUCCGCAGCAGCGGGGUUAG